GAAUUAACUCGUUUCAGCUGUGCGCGGCUGAGCAUCUCAACGAAUUAAGUAAGUACAGUAGUAGCAGCGCUGGUGGUAUCAGAACAGCCGGUAUUGGUACACAACAAGUAGUCACAGUUUUUCACCAUCAGCAUCUGAUCCUUCGAUCAUUAUUUUCUUUUUUGCGACCCUAAGAAAACCCAAAGGCUCAAAAUGAGUGUAAAGUUUUACAUGGACUUGAUGUCGCAACCCUCGAGGGCACUGUACAUAUUUAUGAAAACAACAAAUAUACCUUUUGAGAAAAAAGUCACGAGUCUUAAGAAUGGCGAGAAUUAUAAAGACGGAUUCGAGAAGAUCAGUCCAUUUAACAAACUCCCAGUCAUCCAACACAAUGGCUUCAAUCUUACCGAGAGUGUGGCGAUCGUGCGGUACCUCGCACGCGAGUUCAAUGUCGAGGACCACUGGUACCCGAAGGAUUCCAAGGCCCAAGCCAAGGUCGACGAGUACCUCGAGUGGCAACACCUCAACACGAGGCUUCACUGUGCCUCCUAUUUCGCAGUGAAGUUCCUGUGGCCGAUUAUCAAAGGACAACACAUCGAACCAAAAACUGUGGUCGAACACGAGGCUCGUAUGAUCGAGUGUCUGGACCAGAUCGAGAACAUUUGGCUGAAAGAUAAUAAGCCGUUUUUAGUCGGAGACAGGAUCACCGUUGCCGAUUUAUUUGGUGCCUGUGAAAUCGAGCAGCCGAGAGUAGGCGGAUUUAACCCUCGGGAAGGACGACCCGUACUGACGGCCUGGCUCGACCGAGUUGCCAAAGAGACAGCGCCGUACUACGAGGAGGCGCACUCGCCGAUGAACAAGGUCACCGAGAGAAACGCGAAGCAGAGCAAAUUGUGAAAUAUCUUAACGAUUUCUGUUGUUAUAUACCACAAACCGUAUACUGUAGUUUUUUUAUCGAACAAUGUUAAUUGAUGUAUAACUUUUAUACUGUCUUUUGCUGUUUAUAAUAAAACAUGAUUCUUAUCGCAACUAUA